AUGUUGCUCGAAAGCCUUGUGCUUGCGCUCCCGCUCGUGCUGCUCAGUGCUGUAGCCAAGGCCGCUGAGGCCUCCCUGUUCAUACCCGCGGCAGACCCAUUCGCGCUCGCCGUACAGAACGUUGGCACGGACGCCGAGGGUCACACCACUUGGGCCCUCGCGGCGGGCGUCGCAAGCGACACACUCGAAACGCCACCUUACGCCUUCUCGGCUACGAUGGUCGCCGGUCCCACCGACAUACACCUUGUCGAAAAUGUGCCUGAUAUCCCCGACGCCUUCGCCCUGGAGGACUGCGCGGUCGCAAGCGCGCUCGCCGCCUGCACGAUACUCUACUCCGCCAGCGGCUCCGUCACCACCGCAGGCUUCACGACGGUCACCGUCAGCUCGUUCCCCGUCCAGCUCGUUACAACCUUGGCCCCGCUCUCCGGCUCAAACACCGGGGCAACCUCCGCGCCGACGGCGGGAACCUCGUCUUCGACUGCGAGCCCAACGAGCCGUGGCACGGAUGGCGCCGGGAACGGAGGACUACGGACGGCAAAGGUGUCUAUGGUGCUCGCGGUUGGCGUGGCCCUAGUGGGGGGUUUUCUGGGCAACACAGGGCUUCUGUAA